AUGUCGAGCACUUUGCUAAUCUACGCAUUUUCGGACAUGCAAUCAGAAAAACCCAACCUUAGCCAGCCAGGAGACGCGAGGAAAACGAAAUUUCCCCGAGACUACAUGUGCAACAGAGCAAGUGGCCUUUCUGCAGCUCUUCAAAAUCAGCGGUCGAUGGAAUCCGAGAAGGUUGCGGAGACAAACUGCUGGAUCUGCGGUGCGGUGUACUCCCGGGAAGAUCAAAUGGUCUACACAAAAUGCUGUAACGAAGCCAUUGGGUCUUACUGCAAAGCUCAAGAUAUCGCUAAACAUGGGAAAUGCUGGAAUUGUGACGAGGAAGAAGUGCAGAGCAAGGCAGCUUCCGAGGCAAAGUCCUGGAUUUCUUACGACCUCAAGGAUCCUAUCAAAGAGGCUCCACGUCUCCCACAAACUGUCACUUCCCUUCCAGCAAAAGGUGCUGGCCAUCAGCCAGCAACAGCGAUGUCGAAAGCUGGCAGUAUCUUGCCCAGCGGAUCCACCACCCAAGGUUUGAAUACCCCCAGCUUCUCUAACACUCGAGAGUCCGAACGAUCUCGAAACAUUCAACCUCUUUGCAUAGGACUGACUGAAGAGCAAUGCGCUCGAGAAGUAGCGAUGUAUCGAUCGCAAAGUGCGAAAGAGAGCUCCAAAGUUGUGAGAAUGGUACCACAAUCUUCGCCCAAUCUGAAAGACGGAAAUGUGAAGGAAAAUAGUCUUCUUAACGGAGGCUCUGACCAGGCAAAGACCACUUCUCCGAAACAACAAGAUUUCCUCCACAAUGGAUCUGAGUCCGCCAGCUCUGAUUUUUCCCAGGACGUCCAGCAGCAUCUUGGUGGCUUGACUCAAAAAGAGCAGGAGCGACAAGUUGCUAAACAGUACGUGAUCGGAGCCACCAAGCAUCUUGUAGAGAUGUGCAACACGUACGGGAAUGAAAUCGAUGAGGCGGAUAAGGAUGAGGUUAUGAAUGAGGUUCUAGAAGCUGUAAGAGGCUGCAAGACGUUCGAAGCUGCGAUUAAAAAGACGGCCCUUGGAAGGCCCUCAACUCUUACCACACAGCCAGCAUCUAUUCAGAGUCACGCGACUGUCCACGCCCCAGACUUCCAGUCCGUGGAAAUCCGGGCAUCUUGCAGCAAGUGCGAAGAACUCCAAGCCAGAAUGAAGAAAGCUGCGGAUGCCCUGCUAGGUCUAUAG